AUGACUGAGGAUAAGAAAGAUGCUACUACAGUGGUGUUGGCAGGAGUACCACAGUACAUUCUGGAUCACGCACCACUUCUCCACCUCUUCUCUCGCGAUCCGUACCAGCCGUCCUCUAUAGCUGCACAGCUCAUCAACACCCACCCAGAAGUCGACUUCAAGCCCGUCUCAAUACCAUCUCCACCCCUUUCUCUUGACAACCUCGAUCAGCUAAAUUCCAUCGGGGCAAACGGCGGCAGUGAUGUCUACCUGACCAGCAACGACGACAUCACGACUGAUCCGAAGUGGUUGAAAGGAGUCGAGACAGAUGCCAACGGAGGAACCGGUGAGGAGAAGACAGGUGUGAUCGUUGUAGUAGAUAAAGGAGAUGGAAUAGUGGAUGCAUUUUACUUCUACUUCUUCGCGUUUAACUGGGGUGGCGUUGUGUUGGAGAAACAGCUCGGUGCGUUAUUAUCCCUUUCUCACCCACGUGUAGGCGACCACGUUGGAGACUGGGAACAUAACAUGAUUCGCUUCAAGAACGGGGUGCCUAAAGCUGUAUGGUUAUCACAGCAUUCCAACGGCGAAGCAUACACUUUCUCUUGCUUGAAGAAAGAUAGCUCUGGGAAACGGCCUAUCCUCUACAUAGCAAACGGCUCUCACGCAAUCUACCCCACGCCCGGAACUCACGACCACACACUUCCAAACCUUAACCUCCCUGUGCCUUUUCUCCUCGUGGACGAAACAGACGACGGGCCGCUGUACGAUCCGACCUUGACUUCCUACGCGUACUCGUACACCACCCCUUCAUCUACUCCUUCUUCUACCUCAAACUCCCUCCCUCCCGCAGGAACGUUCACAGCCUACGCCUCAUCUGCAUCUACGCCGGUGCCCGUAUCCUUCCUCUCCUUCCGCGGCCGAUGGGGCGACGCAGAGUAUCCUGCUUCCGACCCCCGGCAGAAAGGCAAGGGGCUUUUUGGGUUCAAGAAAUACGUUGGUGGGCCGACGGGCGUGUUGGAUAAGCAGCUGGGGAGGAAGGAGGUUUGGCCGGAGAAUGACUUUAGUAAAGGGCAGAGAAUAAGGACGGGGUUGGGGGUAGGUGGGUGGACGGCCAAGUUGGGGUUUUUGAGAUACUUUGGGAAGGGGGCGUUGAAGAAGAGGAAGGGGGAGAAGAGGGUUAGGGUUAGUGGGGAGGUAGUAGGGUAG